AUGAUUGCGAAGCUCCUGGAAAUGGUGGUUCGUCAUGGAGAUGCCGGUGACCGCGUCCGCAAGAGCUUGUGCGUUGAACGGUGGCGGCCGCGGCACAGGUACGUGUCCCCCGCCACACCUCCAGCAGUACGCCCCUGCCAUGCCCCCCAUGCUCGUGCCGUCCAGGCUGAGACCAAUCCAAGCUGGUCUCUCCGUCUUGGAGUUGUACAUUCUUCUAGCCUUGUGGAAUUAUAUAUCCGCAUCUAUGGACAGUUGGCUUAUGUGAGGUCCUGUGGUAAUUUUUCAUGUCAAUACAUCUGGUUUCCUUGUAUUUUUCAAGGAAACAAGUGAAGGGAGAAGAGGAAGUCCCAUUUCUUCAUCAAGUCGACGGACAGUCACGCAAGGUUGAACAUGAAAUGUGUACAAUCUUUUCA